CUUGUUGCAGACUCGAUGAGCCCAGUGGACUGUCGGGGCUGUAUGAAUUGCCCAAGCCCAACAGUUGCCGAGGUCUGGAGUCACGUAGAGUCCCAUCCAGAUGAGGAGGGGUGGCUGAUCAUGGCCCAGACCCGAAAGGGCACUGUACCUCAAAGUGCCCUUCACUCUCCCUGCUGUUGGCAGGGAUCGAACACCACAUUUGGAUCUGGAGCCUCUCCCCUGCCAACAGCUCCUGGGAUUCUUGGGGAGGAGGCCUGUCCUGUCGCUGACCUGCUCCCAUUUUCCCCGGUAGGUCUGUUUGGGAUUAAAAGCUACGGGGUCCAUGUUAACGGCUUUGUGAGCCACGAGGAUGGCACGAUGUCCAUGUGGAUCGGACAGCGGACACACACCAAGCAGACGUAUCCCGGGCGGCUGGAUAACCUGGUAGCUGGGGGUAUCGCGGCUGGGUUCGGUGUGAAGGAGACUCUGGUGAAGGAAUGUCAGGAAGAGGCCUCUAUCCCCGCAUCCAUUGCCCGGACAGCGAGGCCGGCCGGCACCAUCAGCUACACCUACGAGGACGAGGCAGGAGUUUUCCCCGAGUGUCAGUUCGUGUACGACCUGGAGGUGCCCGCUGGGUUUGAGCCGACGGUGGGCGACGGGGAAGUGCAGGAGUUCUACCUGUGGCCCCUGGAUCAGGUGAGGGAGACCCUCGCAGGUCCCAAGUUCAAACCAAACUGCGCCAUGGUUGCACUGGACUUCCUCAUCAGACGCGGGAUCCUGCACGCCGAUGACGAAAGACAAUACCACCAGUUCGUCGAGGGGCUCCACAGGGAACUCUGAGUCAUGCAGGAGCCACCCUGAUGCAGUGUGCAGUGUUUGGAAAUUCAGCCGGCCUUCAGCGCACGCGGGUUCUACUGUUCUAUAGAUUUUUGAGUCAAUCGUAAACACGAGAGAAAGAGACGGAGGGAGGGAGAAAGAGCGAGAGAGAGAGACAGAGACAGGGAGGGAGAGGGAGAGGGAGAGGGAGAAAGAGCAAGAGAGAGAGAAGGAGACGGAGAGACGGAGGUGUGUCAGCCUACCAUCCACUAACCAUGCCAUCGACCACCUCCUUGAAGGACUGGGAACGACAGGAACCAGACGGGUUGGGGGGUCGGGGAUGGAGAAGACAGAGAGAGAGAGAGAGAGAGAGAGAGCAGGAUCUUCAAGUGGGAGCUGGGGGUUGGGGGAAAGAGGUGAGAGACAUUACACCCCGGGGCGUUCCUGCCGGGUCAGUGGGCGCACGGAGGGUUUGCACAACUGAAGCGGCUCUGUGUGUUUCUCCACCCCCCCCCGCCCCCCCCCCCCACUCUUCAGUGACCCACUUCCCUCAGUUUGAACGCCUCCCCCCUCAAGGUAGUGAAUUCCAGAUCCUGACCACUCGCUGUGAGGAACACGGAUCUGGUCUUCAGCUCAUCCACGUUCUCUCCCCCACCCCCCCCAAUUCAAACCUCCUGCCGUCGGCUUCUCCCCCUCCCUCUCUCUCUGCGUGGUUCCCCCGAGACCCCGAUCGGAUCUCUGCUUCUCUCAGGGGAAGGGUCUCGGUUUCCACCUCCUGACCUCUGCGUGCCAUUUAAUUCUGCAACCCACCCCCGUGUUACUAAACCAUUGACCUGAGCGAGCAGAGGGUCCACGGAUGACGCAGGACCACAGGUUGAAAAUCCUGGCGUCCUCCUCAGAGCUAGCAGGGGGGGGGGGGGGGGGG